AUGACUUCCGCCAUCUCCUACCGCUGGGUCAAAUCCCACUCUACAAGGAAGAAAUUUUGGCAAUGUGUAACGCCUGGGACUAUGCUUGUUCGAAAAGCUGACGGCUACCCGGUCAAGCACGAGUCCCUUCGCAGCAUGGAGGAGCUGAGAACGGCCAACACGAUGCCCUUCUACCUCGAUUUUGCCGCGCAAAUAUUGCUAGACGUAAAUUACACGUUGCAAAAACACAACGCGGUCGUCUUUGACACCUUUGUUCGGCAUGGCAACAUCCUGGGAAAGCAGCUCGACGAGAAUUUGGAGAGCGAGCUCUGGCCAGCCGUCAACGACGGUCAAUCCCGCGCCGUCCAAAGUGAAUUCAACCGGAUCCUGUGA